GUUGUAUGUGUCGCCUACUUUGGUACAGCGAACAAAAAUUUAAGCGAAAACAUCGAACUUGAUCGAAUUUGCGCGGAUCAAUAUCUAAUUGAAAACCCAUUCGAGGGGAAGUAAUUUCUUUUUCUGUCUAUCUCCCGAACUCGCUUAGUGAAAUUUAAAGGAGCGUCAAUUGCUGUGUUUUUGAUUGCUUUAUUGCCAUCCGGGAAGUCAAAUGGACGAAGAAGAGAUCAAUAGUGGAUUGAAUCACAUCGGUGAACAACCGACCCCUUCGGCUGGACUGAGCCGCAACUCCAUGACUCUGAUAACAAAACCGACAUCUAGGGAGGAAAAUGGCAAUAAAGGACGAAGAAUCAUCAUCAACGUGAGUGGCCUACGGUUUGAAACGUACGAAAAAACUCUUUCGCAGUUCCCGGCGACACUGCUUGGCUGUGCGGCAAAAAGGGACUUCUACUUUGACAGCGAAAACAAUGAAUACUUUUUCGACAGAAAUCGGUCUUCGUUCGAGGCCAUUUUAUUUUUUUAUCAAUCAAAUGGCAAGCUUGUACGACCGAGUGGUGUUCCAUUUAACGUCUUUGCCGAAGAGGUGAGGUUUUUUGAACUCGGUAAAGAGUAUCUUCAGCGACUAGAAGUGGACGAGGGAUACAUCGCCGAGGAAAAACCAAAAAUGCCUGCCAAUCAAACACAGAGGAAAAUAUGGGAAUUAUUUGAGUACCCGGACAGCUCGCUGCCGGCGCGUUUUGUAGCCUUGUGGUCGGUAUCGGUUAUUUUAUUAUCGAUCAUCGUAUUUUGCUUGGAGACUUUACCAAGAUAUAGAUGCGUGGAAUACCCGCAAGGCCCAGGUUGCGAGAAAUACCAAAAUGUGACGACCUCAGACACUAAAACUAGUGGAAAAAAUGAUGUUUGGUUUAUUAUUGAGGUUUUAUGCAUCACUUGGUUUACUGUUGAAUACGUCGUGCGGCUACUAUCUUCACCGCAAAAAUUAGUCUUUAUUCGCACGUUUCUCAACAUUAUUGACUUAGUGGCGAUUCUGCCUUACUACAUCACACUUCCAAUGAACGAAACUCGCGUUACAUCUUUGGCUGUGCUCCGUGUUAUUCGGCUGGUACGCGUUUUUCGCAUCUUCAAACUGUCGCGCCACUCCAAAGGUCUGCAAGUGCUGGGCUACACUUUGCGUUCAAGUUCAAGAGAGCUGGCCAUGCUCAUUUUCUUUCUGAUGAUCGGUGUGGUGUUGUUUGCUAGCGCUGUGUUCUACGCCGAACAGGAUAGCAAAGAAACCAAAUUUAGCAGCAUCCCGGAUGCUUUCUGGUGGGCAGUGGUUACCAUGACAACUGUUGGGUAAGAGAAAAAUUUGUUUUUUUUUUUCAAAGUGCAUGAAAGAACUUUUCUCCCUCAGAGUUGUUCAAGUUGAAAACACAAAGGAAUAGAAAACAGCACAAAACAGAUCAAAGUGGUGGUAGUAUCUCUUAAUUAAAAAUUUGAGAAAUAUUAUGCAGAAACCAGGAGCCCAUCAAGGCCAAAAGAAAAAAAACAGAAGAAGCUGUCCUCGACAUUCCUCGUUGCCGGGGUUACCCUUCUUCUCGGAAUAGUAAGAAAAGGAGGUUUUAAAUAUAGCCACUAAACUACUGAAAUGGUUAAAUAAGGUAAUAAAGUCUAUUCAGGAGCAUUGAAGACCCAUUGCACCUUUUUUAAAAGGUUAAACACAGAAGUCAAGGUGAAGAAAUUAAAAGCUCAAGAAUCUCAAGUAUUGAUCGACCGCAAAAUUUGGCAUUACUGAUGUUGUUAUGCAUUUAGUUGAUUAAUUUAUACCGGCAUAAUAUCAUAAAAACUGGCAUCAUUAAGUCAAAUUUAAUGUUCGGAGUAGUUCUACAAAGGGAAAAACAACUGAAAUUCAUAAAAUUUAUUUAUAACUACGUUGUUUUUAUUACAGCAUUCAAUAAAACCUUGAGUUUACGGAAAAUGUUAAAUAGUUAAUAUUGGGAAUAUUUUCCGGUUAGAACAGGCUAGAACUGUUUAGCUUUCAAUAUGCCGAAUAAGAGAUAUUCAACGUACGCAGUAAAAUAUUUGAAUUUAUAAACGAGAGGUAAAGUACUAUAUAUACUUAUCUAUAUUAAACUUAAUUAUUAGUGAGCCCAAAUUGCUUUUAGAUAAUUUCCAUAAAAUGGAGUUUUGUUUUAUUCAAACGACAAUUGCGGAAGAGUCAACUGAAGAAUAUUUAUUUCCAGUCAGUCUGGCGGAAAGAAAAGCGACUGAUAAUUGCUCAAUGAGACACAAGAGAGAUUUGAUAUCUUCUACAAGACAUGUUUGUACAAACAUAUUUUUUUGUAUAGCAUCUUAGAUUGAAUAAUACCUCUAAUUAUUUUAAUUCCUAUUGCAUAAGCACUACCGUUGUUUAAGUUACGCAAACUUGGCAAAACGUUUGAAAAUGGAGAUCGCGCAUUAUUACCAACACUGCGGUGCUUCUAGGUGAGCUACGCUGCGUUAGUUGCGCAAAUUACUCUGACAAUGCCCGAGGUCGGAAAAAAAAUUAAAACAAAAUUAAAUUCAUAGAAAAAAAUUCGAAUUUAAUAAGCUUGAGUGGUACGACUUGUAGUCUAAACAUACAAGCUGUCAAAAACACUUGGAUUAUUAUAUAAACUUGUUCGCCACCGUAAAUAUUAGAUGAAACACUUCACUUGUGUCCGGCUUAUAAGCACCGGAUGUAAUAUCCCUCUAUAGGAAUAUCUUUUCUAAAAACUAAAUGGACAUCUUUGAAUUUCAAAAAGCAAGUUUUGUGUUGUCUCAGUGAGAUUGGUAUAGACGUAUCAUGGUGCAUGUUUUUUGCUAUAAAUUAUCCUACUGACCUGUAUAGUUAUACCUAGGAAUUACCCCAUUUAAGGGAAGAAUGAUAGCCUUGGAUUCUGGAAUCCACCCUGAGGAUUCCGGAUUCCGAGUACCUGAUUUCUUCUUCUUUUGUCAAAGACACUUGUAUUCCGGAUUCCCACACCCACAAGUAAAAUUUUCCCAGAUACCCUUACACGGGGCGAUAGGAAGUCGAUCUCUGCAAUAUCUACAGUUUUACAACAAAAACCGUGCUGCGUUCAUCUUUAUCGUUGCAGGAUAUAGACAAAAGCUACAAUGAAUUGUAAAUGAUAUUUGGGCAUUUUCAGCCGCGGAUAGUGUCGCACAAAAAGAGAUAAAGGAAAUCUCCAGAUGUACCGGGGAGUCGCAUACUCUGCUUACCAAGGCACAGCUAUGAUAUGUCAAGGUUAUAGAUAGAUUAAUAAUGUUCUUUCAGUAGGAUCAAGGAAAGAUUGAAAGACAGCACGAAAAUGUGAACCUGUUUUGUCUUUUCACCCUGAUGAGUUACCCUCAACUACACUACCAAAAGCGCAUUAUUGGAGCUUCCAUUUCUCUCACAAAUUUUCAGGCUAUAUAAAAGACGUGGGCGAGCACCCAUCACAGUGCAUGUUUUUUGCUAUAAAUUAUCCUUACCAUAUAAAUUUUCCUACUGACCUAUAUUAGUUAUACCUAGGAUUACGGAGAGAUAAAAACACAGCACGAAAAUGUGAACCUGUUUUGUCUUUUCACCCUGAUGAGUUACCCUCAAUUAUACUGCCAAAAGCGGAUUAUUGGAGCGUCCAUUUCUCCUACAGAUCUUCAGGCUAUUUAUAGAUAGGCGUGAGCAUCUAAGGAGCGUUUAUCAAGGCAUAAAACAUCGACUGCCAAGUUUGAAUUGUGCCCAAUUAUUAUUAGUAUGAAAGUAGUAUUAUUCGGCCGGCCAGUAAAGACCUGAUAGUCUGACCCGCUGUUUCACCUCUGAUGAGCAACGGAUGGAGGUUCUGGGCCGGGUUGGAGUUGAUGGGGUUUAAAGCUUAACUUGAUGGUGUUGCCUUUGUUUCCUUAGGUUUUCGUGGUCAGUUUGUGUGUUUCUUAUAACGCCACUUUAAAUAAAUAAAUGAAUAAAUAUAUAAAUAAAUAAAUUAUUUAUUUAUUUAUUUAAAUCCUUGCUUCGUUUGCCAAAUUCAUAUAUUAUAACCAUUAUCUGCUCUCAAGAGGUUGCCAGAAAGUCUCAAGAGAAGCAUUAUCUAAUUGUAAUUUCCAUUUUUAGGAAAUACCCCCUGGCUGGGGGGCGGGGGUAUUUAGAAUAAUGAUGCCAAAGAGGAUGGAGAAAAGUUGCCAAAAUUCCCCUGCGCCUUCCUGUUUAAGUUUAGGAAUACGUCCUCAAUGUUUAUAACUUGUAUCGGUCCAAACAACUGGUACAUGGUGGGGAGUCUGAACACGGCCUUGACCGUACAGAGCUGGUCCCACGGCUGUGUCAUGCUGAUGAGCCCUAAUAAGGGUGAAAUAGCUGUCCAUGGCUCUCACUUCUCGGGUGAUAUUGCUGUGCGCAUGCGUGAAGUACUGGCCAGACCGUGGGUUGUUGAUCAUGAGCCACGUACUUUUAAGUUCGUAGUUAUCCUUGCUUCGAAACUCGUCCCCUACGAGUUUCCAAGGAGUCCCGGUGAUUAAAAACACUCGACAGUUACCCCAGGGAACAUACGGCAUAUAAAAAAGGCAAAAUUUAAUCCUUUACUUAAUUUUUGUUUCAUUUUUGAUUUUUUAAUUUUUGGUUGAGGGCCACGCGAAUAUUAUCUGUGGAUAUCAAGUGAAACCCUCGUUGAAAAAACUAUCUAUCUAUCUAUCUAUCUAUCUAUCUAUCUAUCUAUCUAUCUAUCUAUCUAUCUAGCUAUCUAUCUAAACUUGUAGUAACUACCAUAAACGAGUGGAAUUAGAAUACUCCUAGUUAAAAAGAUUAGAAAAUCAGAAAAGAAAAAUAGAAGAAAUAUAGAGGGAAAAAAGAGUUAAAGUAGUUGGAAAGUGGCGGUAACGUUACAUCCAUUUAGAUUUCCCAUAUUACCGUGUUUUUGCUUUUCCUCCUCCUUCCACCUCAUUCCCGGAGUUCUGUCCUACUCGUACCUUAUCUCGCUCCUUAGGGAAGAGUAGGGGAGAACACUGGGAACAAGGGUGCAUCUCCUUAACUAUCUUUUCUUUUUCAGAUACGGUGAUAUGACGCCCCGGACCUUUGGAGGUAAGAUUGUGGGCUCAAUUUGCGCUAUAUCGGGCGUUCUUACCAUCGCUCUUCCUGUUCCUGUUAUAGUUUCGAACUUUAACUACUUCUACAAACGAGAAGAGUUAACCCAGUCUUUGGAGAUGGCCGAAAAUGGCCAGUGCGGAACAGAGAUACACGAACCUAACGAGGCCUUUAACGGACCCCUAAUCAGUCCUUCAGGGCAGAUGACAGUCAGUUCAUUUGAUACCCUUGGAACAGAAGAGGUCCGAGUAAAAACUGAAACUCCCGUAUAAUCACGUGAUUUUGGACAGCAGCCGAGGCUAAAACUGUGGAAGUUUUUUGCUUCAAAUCAAAGGGCGUUCGGAAAGGCUAUUAUUUGUGCAUUAGCAUCUUACGAAAGCCAGUUUAAUCAACUGAAGGCUAUUGAUGAUUCUAGUUGUAGUGCGUUUCCAUAAAGUUAAGUCCUGCACCGCCUUUGCCGGCAUGAUUCACGAGGAAACAAGGUCAAAGAGGACAAUAGAGGGCUUUCUUCCAAAUAUUAAAUCUAGGAAACAAGUUGAAUGGUGCAAGUAUUUAACAAGCCUCGUGCAGAACGCAACAUGCUGAAUAUUCCAAUAUAAUUUUGAAGUACCAAGCGUUGGCAUUUCUAGAAAAUAUUCCUCUCUAUAUAUUAUUUGGAUACAAGAAAAACUUGUCACAGAUGUAAACUAUUAUUGACUUGCGUCUUAUGGGCCAAAUUGAAAGCGAUUGCGAGACAUAUUAUCUGUCCGUUAAAACCAUUAGUU